AUGGCGGAACACCGUGUAAGCAAGAGGCUGAGAAAUUACGUCACCAACAAGGAACAACCAGAAUUCACCGGCAAAAGUCUCAGGAAAAUUCGAGUCAUCUGCUCCGACCCUGAAGCCACCGACUCAUCAUCGGAUGAAGCGGACAGCGGAGAGCGUUCAUCGCCACGCCGAAUUGUUUGCGAAAUUGUGAUUGGGGUCAAAUCUGAAGAAGCCGAGGAACCUGUGGAGCGGAAGGAUUCGGCGGAUCAAACCGGAAAGAAGAAAUUAACCGGAGUUCGAUUGCGAAAGUGGGGUAAAUGGGCGGCUGAGAUCCGUGAUCCUUUUAGCAGAAAAAGAAUUUGGUUGGGUACAUAUAACACCGCGGAAGAAGCAUCGAAAGCGUAUACGACCAAGAAACAGGAGUUUCAAGCAAGAUUGUCGGCUUCUGCCCCAAUUCGACCCAAAUCCGAUGGCGAAUCGUCGACACAGGUUUCUCAGGAGGCCGAUCAUUACUCUACGGAGGGGGAGGAGAAGGAGACGCGUGUGUCGGGUCGGGUCGUUCCGGAUCACGCCCCAACUGCGAAAUCGAAAGUGGUUCAUUGGAAGAAGUGGGAUAGAUGGGGUGCCAAUGUUCAAAACCCGGUAAUCAAUUCAAACAUCCAGUCUGAUGAUACAUGUGAUGCUGAAGAAGAGGCUUCAAAUACACUCCAAUCGAUGAAGAUGGGUUUGAUGCCGGGUUACAUGGCCCCAUUCGGAUCAGAAAGCGGCUCAUCUCGUAAAUCCUCAAAGACCGAGACGAGCGGUGGCGGUGGUGGUGGUGGUGGUGAUGAAACAAUCAGCGGCACCACCACCACCACCACUUCCAUGGAAGUAUCCACAGAGGAGAAAGGAGGAAACACAACUACGGAGGAAGGUCAAUUAUGUGAAAAUGUAGAUACAGAAGAAGGAAACAAGCCACCAUGGUUGGGUUUGGGCAUUGGUAUGCUUGUGAUAGAUAACAAUGGCAAUCUGUUGGGUCAAUUCAGCAGGCUGGAUGAUGACCUGAGGAUCUGCUGA